AUAGUCAGUAGUGGAGGUCCGUGCUUUUGCAAACCUGCAACCGAGUCUCCGCACAAGCAGGAUCAGUAGGGGUUAAGAGCUCGGGUCUGCAUUAGACGGACCUGGGUUUGCUGCCUGGAAGCAGUAUAACUUGGGAAAGCUAUUCAGCCUCCCUGUGCCUUAGUUUCCUUAUCUGUAAACGGGGUCUUCAUAGGACCUUCCUCAGAGAUUUGUGGAGAGAAUGAAGUGACGUACUGUAUGUAAAGAGCUUAGUUCAGUGCUGACACAGAGCCAAUAAUACAUCUUAGUCGUCGUUAUUCCUAGCCUCAUGAGGACACAGCCUGGGUUACAUUCUACGCAGAAGUUACUGCUGUGCUGGGCACAUAGUAGGUGCUGAGUGAGCACUUGGCAGUGGGUUUUGAGAAGCAUGGAAGCUCUCUUUCCUUUCCCCAACCAUCUCUUCACCCUGCCCCCAACAACAAAGCAGCCCUUAAACCUUGGCAAAGUCAGGGUAGCACAGUGGUUGGUGUGGAAGACUGAACGAGUCCCUGACAAGGAGAUGGGGUGAUAAGGAGCAGUGGACAUGGGUGGCAGAUGACACAUAGAAUCAACAGGAAGCUAAGAGGAAACCAGCAAGAGGCUCUUCUAUGUUCCACCCUCAGCCAUCAAGUUCAGCGCUGCCCAGGUCGUUGUUUGUCUCAGCUGGUGAUGAAAUGGGGGUCAACCAGUCCGUGGGCUUUCCCCCUGUCACAGGACCCCACCUCGUAGGCUGCGGGGAUGUGAUGGAAGGUCAGAGUCUCCAGGGGAGCUUCUUUCGACUGUUCUAUCCCUGCCAGGAGUCAGAGGAGACCACGGAGCAGCCCCUGUGGAUCCCCCGCUAUGAGUAUUGCACUGGCCUGGCCGAUUACCUGCGGUUUAAUAAGCGCUGGGGGGGUUUGCUGUUCAACCUGGCUGUGGGAUCUUGUCGCCUGCCUGUUAGCUGGAAUGGCCCCUUUAAGACAAAGGAUUCUGGAUACCCCUUGAUCAUCUUCUCCCAUGGCAUGGGAGCCUUCAGGACACUGUAUUCAGCCUUCUGCAUGGAGCUGGCCUCCCAUGGCUUUGUGGUGGCUGUUCCAGAACACAGGGACGGGUCAGCCGCGACCACCUGUUUCUGCAAGCAGGCCCCAGAGGAGAACCAGCUCACUAAUGAGUCGCUGGGGGAGGAAUGGAUCCCUCACCGUCAGAUUGAAGAAGGGGAGAAGGAAUUCCGUGUCCGAAACUGCCAGGUGCAUCAGAGGGUAAGCGAGUGUGCACGGGUGUUGAAGAUCCUGCAGGAGGUCACUGCUGGGCAGAUCGUCCUCAACAUCUUGCCUGGCGGGUUGGAUCUGAUGACUUUGAAGGGCAGCAUCAACAUGAGCCGCGUGGCUGUGAUGGGACAUUCAUUUGGUGGGGCCACGGCGAUACUGGCUUUGGCCAAGGAGACCCAGUUUCGGUGUGCUGUGGCUCUGGAUGCUUGGAUGUUUCCUCUGGAACAUGACUUUUACCCCAAGGCCCGAGGCCCUGUGUUUUUUAUCAAUGCUGAGAAAUUCCAGACAGUGGAGAGUAUCAACUUGAUGAAGAAGAUAUGUGCUCAGCACGAGCAAUCCAGGAUCAUAACUGUCCUGAUGCAGUACUGUUGGUAAGAGAUCUGAUGCCAAUCUACGUCUUGAUCCCUUAUCUCUGGGAACUCUGGAGGCCAGCUUUUAUCCUCGGAGGUCAGAUGCUUCACCACUAUGUGCCUGGGUAUGUAUCUCUUUUUGACUGAAAGGCAAUUAUGAAUAAAGGACUCGGUUGAUUAGUACAGAUAGAUGGAUGGUGUAGGUUCCUCUGAAGUAUGGGAGGUUUUUUUUCACAGAGGAUCUCUUUCCUGUGUGGGAGGUCUGACUGUGGGCUCUGAUAAGUGGGCAGGGCCUAUCAGAAGCAAGCCUCCCUUUAGGCAAUCUUGGAAUCCCCGGCCUUCUAAAAUAAGGAGUGGAACAAUGUGUUAACUGGUCUGUUAGUUGCAACGGCCAGAAAACAGUCAUGAUCCAGCUUAAGCAAAAACAAUUUACUGGCUUACAGAGUUCGAAGUGGGGUUGCUGGCUAUCUGCAUGGUGUCAAGAUGGCUGCCGACAGCCCCCUGACUCCCAUCAUCUUUAUCUACAAUCUUUAUCCAUGUUUGUCCACAGUCCCAGAGGAAGAUCCUGGAGUGUUCUCUCCCAGGGACCGUAUUAUUAGACUCCAAGGAAGGGAUUGACUCUGCUUGGAUUCUGUAUCUUAGCCAGGUCUUAGACCAGUCACUGUGGACAGGAGAUAGGUACUGAAAUUGGCCAGGACUGACCCAUGGCCCACUUCUUAUGCCUAGUGCAGGCCUGACAUUGUGACUGUUUUCCAGAAUCAUGUGGGAUGGCAGAAAGGCAGGCAGCCCCGCAAAGGGCACAAUUCCCGGCAGGUAGACCACCCAUGUUCUCAUAAGGAUUCUAGGGCAUUCGUUGCCAGAUGGAGUUGCCUCUUCUUUUCCCUUCUGGGACCUCUGGCUUUUUCACUUAAGAACCCUCCCUGAGAUCUCUCGUUUUGUUGGGAAAGCACUUCCAGUACCUUUAGCAGAUUUGAAAGCAGCCAUUCAUCCCUGGAAGGCAUUGGCACAGCACUAUCAUAUGAGGACAUCUACCCUAAAAACCACAACAUUAAAUUUAUAAUUUUUAAAAAAUGUUUAUUUAUUUACAUUUGAGGGGGGACGAGCAGAGAGAGAGGGAGACAGGGAAUCCCAAGCAGGCUCCAUGCUGUUAGCAUGGAACCUGACAUGGGGCUCAAACCCAUGAACCGUGAGAUCAUGACCUGAACCGAAACCAAAAGUCAAUUGCUCAACUGACUGAGCCACCCAGGAGCCCCUUUCAUUUUCUUUUUUUUUUUUUUUCUUACUAUCGAGUGGUACAUGCAAAGCAGACAUCCUCCCUUCCACUCUGCACCCCACUUAAUGCCAGCUCUCACUGCAGUGGAGAGGGGGUCAGAGACAUGAUAGAAAUCAGGAAUGGAGUCAAGGUCAGGGAGGGCAUGAGAGUCAGGGGUAGGUGAGGGUGUGAGAGAAAGUAAGGAUUGGAUAUGCCUUUCAGAAGCUACUUGGUAAUUUUUAUUUGUUUCAAGCUUUUUUCCUUAAGUUUAUUUAUUUAUUUUGAGAAAGAGAGAAAGCAUGAGCAAGGGAGGGGCAGAGAGAGAAGGCAAGAUAGAAUCCCAAGCAGGCUCCGAGCUAUCAGCACAGUUCUCUUCAAUCUCACCAACCGUGAGAUCAUGACCUGAGCUGAAAUCAAGUGUCGGACCCUUAACUGACUGAGCCACCCAGGUGCCCCUGUUUGUUUCAAGUUUUUAUUUAAAUCCCAGUUAGUUAACAUACAGAGUAAUAUUAGUUUCACAACUAGAGUUUGGUGAUUCAUCACUUACAUACGAUACCCAGUGCCCAUCACGAGUGCCCUACUUGGUAAUUUUUAAUGAUAAUUUUUAUUUUGACUGUUCUGUCAUUUCAAAAUGUCCCUCAUAUCAAAGUGGCUUUGCCAAGCUGCCCUGCUUUGAGGCCCGGUUAGAAUGAGACUCAGAUAGCUGAUUCCCAGGCCAAUACUCUUAUCAGAUAGUGCACAGUCUCCUUGCAGAGAGGGGCCAGACCUCAGCAGGGCAGAGUCCAGCCCCAAGCUCUGCCCUCAUUUGUCCUGCGGGUUACUGCCUGAGCAGAUGUUCCACCCAUCCUAUGUUUGGCUCCCCGCACCCCCUCCCUCUUCCUCCUGGGUUCAGAUCAGGAAGGCAAGUGUGGAACAGGCAAGAGUGAGCUAGCGGGCUGCUCCUGCCCUCUGCCCCUGGUCCUCUGUCUCUCCAGCCUCCUUGUCUUCCAUAAAUAAGGCUGACCCAGAGGAUGCCUUCACCUCCUUGUUGCACUCUGUUCAAAACUCGGGAGCUACAAGGCCUGUAGACCUCCUCUAUACUGCUGCCAGUGCCUGGGAAAGCCAUAGGCCACGGCCCCUGCUGCCCUUGGAGCCCUGGAUAGAGCCACUGCCUCCCGAGAGAGCAGUCCCUCCUCGCAGUAGGGUCUCAACCUUGAAUUGAAAUUUUUGGUUUUAAUUGAGUUUCUCUUCCUUUUUUACCCUCUUGUAUUUUCCUACACACAUACCCCAGCACCCCCAUUCUUUAAGUAAGAGAUGCUGUCUUAGUUUGGGCUGCCAUAACAAAAUAUCAUACACUGGGGGGCUUAAACAAGACACAUUGACUUCUCACAGUGCCAGAGGUUCGGAAGUCCAAAAUGAAGGUGCCAGCUGAUUUGGUUCCUGGUGAGGGCCCUCUUCCUGGCCUGCAGACAUCUGCCUUCUCCCUGUGUCCUCACAUGACAGAAAGGGAGCCAUCUCUCUCUCUGUCUUCUUUUCCUAGAGCCACUAAUCCCAUCAUGAGGGCCUCACACUCAGGACCCCAUCUAAACCUAAUUACCUCCCAGAGGCACCACUUCUCAAUACCAUGCCAUUCCAAGUUAGGGCUUCAACAUAUGAAUUGUAGGGGGACACAAACAUUCAGUCCAUAGUAGAUGCUUAUUGUAGAAAUUUUUGACAAAUACAGAAAAGUAAAACAGAAGAAGAGUACAACCUAUACUACCAUCUAAAGGUAAAUGAUAUUUAGAAAUUUCUAGCAUAUUCCUUAAAGUAUACAUAUCAGGGGUGCCUGGGUGGCCCAAUCAAUUGGGCAUCCAACUUCUGCUCAGGUCAUGAUCUCACGGCUCGUGGGUUCGAACCCCAUGUUGGGCUCUGUGCUGACAGCUUGGAGCUUGAAGCCUGUUUCAGAUUUUGUGUCUGCCUCUCUCUCUGCCCCUCCCCCAUUCACGCUCUGUCUCACUCUCUCAAAAAAAAAUUAAUAAAUAAACAAAAAAAAAUUUUAAAUAUAUAUAUCAUAUGUACAACUCUGUAUCUCAUAAGCAUUUUCCCAUAUGAAAAAAAUCUUUGUAAACAUUUUAUAAUACUUACCAUUUUAUUUAUUUAUUUAUUUUGAGCCUAACCCAUGGCUUGAGCUCACAACCCUGAGAUCAAGAAUCAGAUGCUUGGGGCUCCUGGAUAGCUCAGUCGGUUGGGUGUCAGACUUCAGUGCAGGUCAUGACCUCACAGUCUGUGGGUUCGAGCCCACAUUGGGUUCUGUUGCUGACAGCUCAGAACCUGGACCCUGCUUCCUAUGCUGUGUCUCCCUCUCUUUCUGCCCCUACCCCGCCCUCUCUCUCUCUCUCUCUCUCUCUCUCUCUCUCUCUUAAAAAUAAACAUUAAAAAAAGAAAAAAAGAAUCAGAUGCUUAACUAACUGAGCCACCCAAGUACCCCUUGUAUUCACCAUUUAAAAAAAAAAAAUUUUUUUUUUAACAUUUCUUUAUUUUUGAGACAGAGAGAGACAGAGCAUGAACGGGGGAGGGUCAGAGAGAGAGGGAGACACAGAAUCUGAAACAGGCUCCAGGCUCUGAGCUGUCAGCACAGAGCCCGACGCGGGGCUCGA